GGUUUUUGUUUGUUUCUCAAGAGAACUACAAACACAAAACCCCUCCCACAGAAUAACAAAACCUGAGGUUUCUUAUACUAGCGAUUCAGUCAUCAAGUCACAAAACCCUUCCAUGGGCAUCCAUUAGUCUUCUUAAAAGCAAAUGGUUUCUGUUCAAAAUUGAUUCUGAAGCAGUAGUUUUGUCUCUCGAGAAUUGUACUUGGAAAUUUGGUUUGCCUGAAAAAUGUCAGUAUCAAUUGGGUCUUCUUCUAUAUCUCGACUUGCCACUUCUUCUUUCUCUUCUUCCAAUCAUCUCAGGAGAAGCUCAAAGCUUACUUUGUCGUCGCGGUUAUUUGAUAGACAACGACAUGAUCAGCAACGAGUGACUAGCCUCAAAGGAGGUGAGCCAAUUAAGUUUACUCAUGGAAGGCACAGGGCAAAGGGAUACCUACAAAAGCAAUUCAUUGUGCUUGCUAGUUCUGAAGAUCUUGCAUUAAAUAGUGAGCUCAGGACACAUGCUUCAGAUGAGGAAAAUCUACAAUUAAAUGCUGAGGACAAUAUUCCUGGGAGCAGUUCGGUACUCGAUGUUGAAGGAUCUGAAGGAAAACCAGGUUUUAUUUCAUUUUCUGGUCGUCCCCGUCUUAAUAAGGAAGUCGAGAUAGUUGUGGAGCCUCCUCCCAUCAAGCGCCGGUUGAACUUGCUUUCUUUUAUCUGUCCCACUAUCCUUGUUGCUUCCUUCAUUGUUCCAUCAUUGUACUUGAGGAGAAUUCUUUCUAGUAUAUUCGAGGACUCCCUUUUGACAGAUUUCCUCAUACUGUUUUUCACAGAAGCUCUCUUCUACUGUGGAGUUGCUGUAUUUCUUCUGCUAAUUCAUCAUUCACAUAGACCUCUCGGACUAAAAUCCUCUCUUAAAAGCAAUAAUCGGACUCAGUUAGUGCAUCGCAUUUCUUCUGUUACUGCAUUGGCACUCAGCCUGAUAAUCCCAAUGGUGACAAUGGGCUUGGUCUGGCCAUGGACUGGUCCUGCAGCUUCGGCCACUCUUGCCCCGUUUCUAGUUGGGAUUGUUGUGCAGUUUGCUUUUGAGCAGUAUGCCAGAUAUCUCAGAUCACCCUCCUGGCCUGUCAUUCCCUUUAUCUUUCAGGUAUAUAGACUCCACCAACUUAAUAGAGCAGCACAACUGGUGACAGCCCUUUCUUUCACUGUUAGAGGGGCUGAAGCAACCUCACAUAACUUGGCCAUAAACAGUUCUCUGGCAACGCUUCUAAAUGUCCUUCAGUUCCUUGGAAUUAUCUGCAUAUGGUCACUCGCAAGCUUCCUCAUGAGGUUCUUCCCUUCCUCAACUGCCAUUCCUGAUUCGUAAGGCUGCAAAAAUACAUGUGUGGCCUAGAUUUAUUCCACGAGGGAUGCUUGGAUGAGUAAUCUGGCUUGGGAGGAACCAACUUACCAUGACUCGAUUCACCAAGGGGGGGUAUGUAUGUAAUACUAACAUGAUCCGUCUAGUAAAUACGCCAAUGCAAGAGCAAUCAAGUACACUUAAAUCUGGAGUGUAGUGUUCAACUGUCAAUUCUGUGCAUUGUUAUAUUUCGUUUUUAGUAGAAAUUGUGGUCAAAAUGGGUGGCCUAACUGGUCAUGGUUCAGAACUUGAUGGGAUUACCGUGCUUUUUUAAAUUUUACAGAACAUUUGCUCAUCAAGGAUUUUAUAAGAUGUAUUUGUUAUUGUGUUACCUUUCUUA